ACAUGCUCCAGCUGAUCAACACGCCAGACAAUGACUUCUCGGGGCUGUUCGACUCUCCCUUCGGUGCCCCCGACAGCACCGUGCCCCCGGGGCUCCCACCCGCCCCGAGCACCCUCGGCACCUACCUGGGGCCCAGCAAGCCGCCCCCCCGCCGCCCCCCGGGCAAUGUGUACCCGGGGCCCCCUGGGCUGGCAGCCUUCACCCCGCAGCCCCCUGCCCCUCUCCUGCCAGCCCCCGGCCCCCCAACAGCCCCGGGGGUGAAGGAGGAGCCAUCGGCCGUGCCCAGCAGCCAGCCCCAGCCCGGCGUGAUGCUGCCCCCCCCCAGCUUCGUCCCCGCGUCCCCCGGCCAGUUCAGCCCCCAGCCCUUGGUGGGCUUCCAGAACCAGCACGGCUUCCCCGCCGUGCAGCCCGGGGGGGCCGGGCAGAGCCCCCUGCCCACCCCGCAGCCGGUCCAGCCCGUGGCGACACUGCCCGGCCCCGUGCAGAGCGUGGCACCCCAGCAGCUCCUGGCCCCCGGACCCCCCCCUGCCACCACCACCGCCGCCCCCCAGCCCGUCUCACCCCAGAUCCAGCCGGUGCCGGUGCUGCUGCAGCCCCACUUCAUCAAGGCUGACUCCCUGCUGCUCACGGCCGUCAAGACGGACGCCGGCAGCGCCAAGACCUCCGGCAUCGCCUCCCUGGCCACCAGCGCCGGCGGCACCGCGGCACCGCUGCAGGUGCCGGCGCUGGUGAGCGGAGGGACCAUCCUGGCCACGGUGCCGCUGGUGGUGGACGCCGAGAAGCUGCCCAUCAACCGGCUGGCGCCCAGCGGGAAGCCGGCGCUGGUGCAGAGCAAGGGGGAGAAGCGGACGGCGCACAACGCCAUCGAGAAGCGCUACCGCUCCUCCAUCAACGACAAGAUCGUGGAGCUCAAGGACCUGGUGGUGGGCACCGAGGCCAAGCUCAACAAGUCGGCGAUCCUGAGGAAGGCCAUCGAGUACAUCCGCUUCCUGCAGCAGAGCAACCAGAAGCUGAAGCAGGAGAACCUCAGCCUGAAGAUGGCCGUGCAGAAGAGCAAGUCCCUCAAGGACCUGGUGGCCUCCUGCAGCAGCGGGGGGGCCAAGGCGGAGGCCCCCAUGGAGGUGGUGAAGGCGGAGGUGAUGGAGAUGCUGACGCCGCCGCCCUCGGACGUGGGCUCCCCCACCCGUGGCAGCCCCCUCUCGCUCAGCGGGGGCAGCAGCAACAGCAGCAGCGACUCGGAGCCCGACAGCCCCCUCUGCGACCACGGCAAGGUGAAGCAGGAGCGCCCGCUGCCCUCGCCCGGCAGCCAGGGCAUGCUGGACCGCUCCCGCAUGGCCCUCUGCGCCUUCGUCUUCCUCUGCCUCUCCUUCAACCCCCUGGCCUCCCUGCUGCGGGGCUCCGGCACCCCGGCCCCCGUGGGGAGCCCGGGCACCGCGGGUCCUGGCAGGAGCAUCAUGGCCGAGGCCGGCACCGUGGAGGAGCCGUGGGGGUGGUCGCAGUGGCUGUGGCCCACGCUGGUGUUCUGGGGGCUGAACGCGGCGCUGGUGCUGGGGGCCGUGGUGCGGCUCUUCGUCUGCGGGGAGCCCGUCACCCCCCCGCACUCCGAGUCCUCCGUCCUCUUCUGGCGCCACCGCCGCCAGGCCGACCUCGACCUCGAACGGGUAAGCC